AUGUCAGCGAUCCGCAAGGGGGUGCAGCGGCAGCUGUUUCAAACGGACGAUGAACGGCUUCAUGCAAUUGUACACGUGGUCCGUGUUGAUGGGCGCAAGAAGAAACGUCCGACAUUCUUCUGUCUAGCUGUAACAAUAGAGCAUCCGAUAUCUGUUCGUCUGUACUUCGUGAAAGGGGAAAAGGACGACACCUUCAAAAAACGAAGCAGAUUUUAUCUUCGUGAUGUCAAAGAAGUGGACGGAAUCAAUCCGAAAAAGGCUUUGUCAGAAUUUCAUAUCGUUAUUGGCGAUCGUAGGUACAGCAUCACUGCAAGCACUCCAGAAGAGAAGGACGAGUUUAUCCGCGAGUUGUAUAAGCUCUCAGCACAGUAUCUUCCCGUCCAAAUGCCUGACUUUUGCAACGUAUCCAUACCAGUCGACAAUCGUGAAAUGUCUAUACUCCCAAUAGAAACGGCAGAUGAGGAUAAUAGCGACUUCAUCCACGAUUAUCAGCCUGUCAGCGCCAAAGAAGAAGCUGACUUUCGCCGUCUACUCGCCAAGGCUGAGCUCACCAUUGGAGAAGCUGAUAAGUUCGCUGAGGUCCUUUCAUCUCAGUUGCAAUCACUCGAUGGUGCAAAUAUUCAGUCAAUGAUGGGUAGUGAAAUGGCGGUGAAUCAAUUGUUAUCCCUUCUGGAUGGUGCUCUUGAUAAAGUGGCUCUACUGGAAAAGGAAAUCGACACAUGUGACGCAAUCCUUGCGCAUGUGAGGAAUAGUGUGGAGCUGAUUGAAGAAAAGGAUAGUUUAUCGGCUGUUGAACGCAAAAAUAAGGACAGACUUCAACAGGAAUUGACCGAUUUUGUCUCUGCUCUGAAUACUGUCACAGACGAACACAUUCGCACAUUAAAGGAAGCAAACUUGAACGAUGCAGGAAGUAUUGCACGGUGCGCUGAAGCUGCUCGUGCUGUUUCACAGUUCUGGAAUGGGUGCAUCUCAAAGCCGUUACUACAGAUGAAAGCAUACGAAAAACGAAAUCGUGACCUUGCUGUGAUAGAUUUGUUUGUGGACCGAUUCAUGUCUCAUCUCUCGGCAAUAUUCAACAACCUUAAUGACUUCUCUCUCGGUCAAGACUGGCAUGCUCUCUCAAUACCAAAACAGUCCCAGCGAUUCCAUGCACUGUCCCCACUUUCUGAUCUCAUCAGUUGGUUGAAGACGAAUAGGCCAACACCUUACAACGCAGCCAUUCAAAGAUACGUUGAUUCAACAAAAACACUGUAUAAAAGACACUUCGAAACGUUUUUCGAUGCUGUGAUUGCUGAAGUUCAACGAUUGGGUUCAACAGAUAAGCGCUUAAGUAAGCGAUGUUCUGUAUAUCGAUCAUUUUUUUUUCGCAUCGUAUUAAUCGAGACGGUACUUGGAGAACUAGGCCCCAUUAUCGAAAUGGAACAGAAGUUUUGUGUGCGAUUUUUCCACAUUAAUUCGGAACUCAUGUCGAAUGCUGAAACGACAUCCACAGACAGCGGCGAUAGUACCAGUAUGGGCGGCCGAAACAUUGAAAGAUUCAUGAACGAGCAAGUUCGUGCAGUAAUGGCUCCAAUGUUCGAGUCACUAAGUGGUCAUUUGGAUCGAUUUUGCAAGGCUAUUUGUAAACAACAUCCCAGUAACGUGAUGCUGCUGUUCAUCAUCAUGUCGAAAAAAGUAUUGCUACCGCAAGAGUCUGGUUCGUACUACUCAGUUACUUUUGGUACAUUUGUUGUGUUAAUCAAGCGGCAGUUCGAUCUGUACAUGGAAACGGAAGGUAUGGCGUUGUCAGAUAUCAAAAUCUCAAAACGAAUGCGUCUGGGCAUCCUGCCAACAAUCGAUAGGUUCGCUGAAUUUGUAAGAAACGCCGAAGCAGUCUUCGAAGGCGCAGAAAGGCGAACGGAUCUUGAAAAAUGGUACACACAUUUAUAUCGUUGUGUUUGCGAAGGAAUAGAAAAAGCCGCCUCAAAUCCAAACAGCAAGUCGCCAACGGCUGUAGUUCGCUUUGAGAAUUAUCAUCAGCUGUAUUUGACUUUGUCGGAAUUGAAAAUCCCCUGUCUGGAUGCACAACGUAAAGAGGCGAAACGAGAAAAAGAGGAAAACAUCGAUUUGUAUGUUAGAGAGUACAUGGGCCGACCACUUGAGAAGAUACAUAAUGCAAUUGAGAUGCGGGGAACAAAACCGGAAGAAAUUUCAUAUCAACCUCAGUUCAGUCGUGUUGAAUUGAAAAAGGUGAUUGCCAUGUAUCCUGGUAAAGAAGUUAAGAAAGGGCUAGAACAGUUGUACAAGAAAGUUGAGAAACAUCUGGUUGACCAUUCUUCACUGCUACAGGUCGUUUGGAGAGAAAUGCAGGAUCAGUUCCUCAAGCAACUCCAAGGAUAUCAGCGUUUGAUGAGCACAUGUUAUCCCGGUUCGAAACUCGAACUGGAAGUGACCGUCCAGGAUGUUCUUAGCUACUUCUCCGAUAUUGCUCAACAGCAUUAG